GCACAAAUGCCAAGGAGCGGGGGAGGGUUGUCAAAAUGAUGACAAUCCCUCACAGGGUGUCUGGAAAUUGUUCUAUUUUUGUGGAGCUAGCUUUUGCAGGCAGCGAUGGCAUUGCGCUUUUUCUCUUCUGUCUGCAUUCUUAAAACCCGCAUAUCUCUCCCUGUCUGUUCGCAGCGCCUUGCCAGUUCUCCUUUCCUGCCCGAGACUUUUUUUGACCCUGUAUAUAUAUAUAUAUCUACCAACCACUAAUAACACAGCUACCUCCCGGAUGGCAAAGCUUCCAAAGCCAGUGCGCAAAAUAAUCCCCAAUGGCACGGUGCCGCGGGCAUACAUCGCUGCCGUGAUACUGCUGGCCCUGUCAUUCAUCAUCGCAGAGUCGUACAUUAUGUGGCUGUUGCGCGAGGGGUACUGGACAGCCAAAAACAACCAGUGGCAGGUCGAGGGCGUGCAGAACUCUGUGCAGACGUCGAUGACAGCAUAUCAGGUGUACAACGCCAUCUACAUAUUGUCGCAGGUGUACAUGGUGAUACUCUGUCUGGAGGCCGUGGCGACCGAGAAUUUCAUCCAGAUAUUUGCGUCGGUCGGGUUCUACUUUGUGUGCCUCGUGUACGCCGUGGCCCGCUACAUUGCCUUUUACCUGUACCCGACGCUGACAGCAAAUAUCUUUUUGCGGGACGAGAAUAUGCACCACAUGCAGCUCAGCGUUAUUGGCACAUAUGUCGCGGCGAUUGUGUUUCUGGCGAUCUUGUCGUGGAAACUCAAGACGGAGGUCGGCUGGAGCGUGUACAAAAAGUUUGGCGCUGACAACCUCCUCCACCGGUCGUACAAAUGGUACCAGAUCCUGAUGCUUCUGCUGAAGCUCGACAUAUUCUUUGUUGUGUCGUACCUGAUACAGAUGUCAAUCCUGGUGCUCAAGGUGGAUAACCCGGAGACGUGGAUCCAGAUGACAGUGUUUAUUCCGUUCAGUAUCGGCACAUUGGCCGCCAGCUUCUAUUCGCUGCGCAUGGAGAACCGGAGCAUUAUGCGUACAGUCAUGGUUUGCUACACGCUGUCGGUCGGCUACUUCAUCUUCAAGAUCUAUCGUGUGUGCCGGGCCGAAAUCCUCAACAAGCCUGGCGACCCGUACCAGGACAGCCGGCCCUACUUUAUGAUAACCAUUGUAGCCACUAUGCUGCUGGUCAUUGCGUCGGCGAUCGUGUCGCUGUUCUGUAUUCGCAACUUUGACAACGGACUGAAGGAGGCCAUCGAGUACGAGAAGAUGAAGCGCGAUCACCACCGCGCGUACAACACCAACGUCAACCAUAGCGACGAGUCGGUCGGCCUGAUGCAGAACGCUGAACUGCGUGGUGCUCUGGACCGGUUUUCUCUUGAGUAAAAAAAAAAAAACUUUAAUGUA